AUGUCAACUGAAAAGAGAAAAACCACAAGAAAGAAGAAGGACCCAGAUGCACCAAAGAGAUCUUUGUCAGCAUACAUGUUUUUCGCAAACGAGAAUAGGGAUAUUGUCAGAGCAGAGAACCCAGGGAUCUCGUUCGGCCAAGUUGGUAAGUUGUUAGGUGAGAAAUGGAAAGCAUUGAACUCUGAGGAGAAGGUUCCCUAUGAGAGCAAGGCUGAUGCCGACAAGAAGAGAUACGAGAAGGAAAAGGCUGAAUAUGCGAAGAAGAACGGCAGCUAG